UAUCGUUUUCAUUUACAAGGUCCAUCCGACCAUAGGAGAGUGUUGGCAAAAAUAUGUUGCUAUUUCCUGAAAACCGCGGAGAACUUUGUUGUUGUAGAUUAAAUACACAUCUCCCAGUCCCUCAUCAUCGAAUCAUAUCAUACGAUACGACAUGAAUCCUAUGUUGGUGUGGUGCUGCUCUAGUAAAAAGUAUGCUCUUUGGCAGCCAACAACAAGCCGCGAAGAGAGUGAUGAUACCUUCCUUCCAUCGAGCAGCACAUCAUCAGUCAGUACCAUCCGCUCAUUGCUACCGCACGAUUCGAUUCGAGUCCUAUCGGCGCGUCACGGUCUUGUUUCAGAAUUCAGCAGGAAGAUAUAGGGUCAAUAAUAUUCAUUCCUACAUCAUCAAAAAAAAAGUGACGGCGGAACCAUUCGGACAGGAUACAAUGUUCAAAGGAUUAUGCACGAAACGCGAACGAACGAACCACAUCGUCUAGAGAACCUUGAAGAUAGUGUGGUGCUUACAAGCCUCAGGUCACACCGAUUAAUGGCAUUACUCGGGGGAAGGGGAAAAGUGGACGGAUACUAAUCACGGUUUACUACUUUUGCUGAGCCCAGUAGAAUCGAUUUCAACAUUGGUGGAACUGUGUGAAGCGGAUAAUUUGGAAGAGAAAAAAUAAGUCGGGCAAAUACAUAUAUGCCGUAACUGGUCAAUACUGGGUGUCCUACCUUAAUAAUGAUGGUUGUGUGGUGUGCAUGCAUGUUGUGAUAUAAGAAGAGUUCCUUGAACUGUUUCCAACAUUCGAUAUCAGGAUUAAAGUGGGUAAUAGCAGAACUUUCAUGUGGAUUGAAUUAGGCGAAGAUACUCCAAUAACAGUGCUACGGUUACAGUUGGUGGUAUCCUGAAUAAUGGGCGCUACUCCAUGGCAGUGUUGAAUUUUUUCACCCAAGAACACACGAAAAAAUCUUCCUCCAUCCAACCAGGAUUGAUUCUGCAGUGGAUACACACGUGCAGUGCAGAAAGGAAAAGUCAAGCCGAGUAAGAGAACAUGUCACACAAUGGCGCCGCUGGCAGUGCCGAAGGCCAGCAGGGUGGCAGCAGUGCCGCCCGGGAAACGAACGGGAUCUAUCCGAUGCAGGAGCAUUCGUGCGAGAUUUGCGGCAUGUCCGGUCUUUCGGAUGACGCCAUGCGGGAGCACACCCGGCAGUGUCACGUGGAGGGUAGCGUCCAGUGUCCAUUUUGUGGCCUGAGUGGCGUACCGGCAGCCGAGUUGCUGCUGCACGUCAACCAAGCCCAUCUGGACUACCUAACGCCGGAGAACGAACUCAUGAGCUUCAUCGACGACCGAACGCCAAGUGUUGAUGGUGAUUCGGAUUCGAUUUCGGACUGUCGUGGACUUUCGCCGUCGAUAACAUCCGAGCUUUUGACACCGGUUUCAAAUGCCAACGGAAAGCUUCCCCAAUCCGUAGUCACGAAUGGCAUCAGUCAAAUGGCAACUUCGAUAACGAUGACGAACUCGAUGGUCUCCCACAUGAACGGCAGUUCGAAUGGAAGUAGUAGCAGUAGUACCGUAACGAGCAAUAAUAAAACAUGCUCUCUGAUGAGCACUUCCGCUACCAGCACAAGCAGCAGCAAAUCUACUAGUAUUGGAAGUCAUCAGAACGGAUUUGGUGGCACCAGUAGUAUGAGUACUAGUAGUAGCAGCAGUAGCAAUAACCAACUGCCAGGAGCCAUAAGUAAAGCACCAUGGAACAAUUACUAUCAACAGCCCGAAGUGACGAUUACCUGUACAACAAACAACAAAAGCUGUGAUAUGAAUGGAAGUAAGGAUGUGAUGAUGAAUGGUGGUGGUGCUGGAUGUACUGGAGGUGUGUCGGCUUCUGCCAGUGGCUCGACUACCGGAAACGGAACAACGGCAGGCGCUGGGGGUCAGGGCUCACCUCUACGAACACAACUUGGACUGAAGCUCAAAUCUCAUAAGCCUGUAGUGACUACGACUACCAAACCAAGUCCUCUGCAAUGUCUGUUGUGUCCCUACACGACCGAAAAUCCCACGGUUCUAGAAGAGCAUAUAAAUCGAUCGCACUUUGACCCUCUCAGCCCUAGUAUCAAUAAUGGAGCAAGCGGAAAUUCCCACGUCGAUACACUGAGCGCACUACAGUGUCCUAUCUGCGCAAGAGCCUUCGAGUCGGGUUCGGAUCUAGAACUACACGUUAACAUCGAGCAUCGUGACAUCUUGAGUCCUGCUAAAGCUGAACGCCAUAACGGGGAAACGCCGGCUGCGGCCGCCAUGAAUGGUAGCCUAACCGGAAGUCUCUGUCCCGUUUGUGGAAUAUCGUUUGACCACAUGAAAACUGCCGAGAUGGAGUUCCACAUUGAAAAACACUUUAGCAAAAGUCCAAUGGCAGCUGCUGCGGUUGAGCAACCGGAUAUCGAAAAACAGGCCCAGAAGCUUCGCGAACAGCGAGAAUUCGAAAUGCUUCGAGCCCAGUACGGCAUGGACGAUCAGGGGAACUUUCGGGAGCAGUCUGCCGCAGCGAUGCAGAGGGCUGUGUAUGCGGGAGAAAUGAGCGUUGCCGAUUACUACGAACGACAGGUUGGGCUGCGGGCAGCCGAAUCGCAUGGCGUGGACGACGGAUCCUCGUGUACCAAAUCAGUUUCUCCGAGAGUGCUAUCUCUGUCUUCUUCAUCGCCGAAUGUCCUGAAAACCUACGUGUGCUCCAACGUGGAUCAUUACGCGUCGAGUUACGGCGAUAAAGGAUGGGGUUGUGGCUAUCGGAAUCUUCAGAUGAUGCUGUCAUCUCUCUUGCAGAACACAACCUUUAACGAAGCUCUAUACUCGGCAUGGGGCUCCCAUGGUCCUUCGCGCACAGCAAUGCCCAGCAUCUCUCGGUUACAGCGAAUGGUGGAGGCAGCCUGGGCCCAAGGUUUCGACAUCCAAGGGUCGGAACAGUUGGGCUGUAAACUGUACAAUACUCGCAAAUGGAUCGGGGCAACGGAGAUCGUAACCGUACUGUCUUGGUUGAGGAUUCGCUGUGAGCUGGUAGAUUUCCACCGACCGACAUCACCGGACGGUCGGCAUCCCGAGCUGUUCAACUGGGUUCUCAGAUACUUCGAGGAGCCGCGGAUACACACUCCGCCACUGUAUCUACAGCAUCAAGGUCAUUCGCGUACCAUCAUCGGAAUCGAGCAACGAACUUCCGGACUGUCGUUGCUGGUGCUGGACCCAAGUCACGGACCCCGACAGGUUGCAGCCCUAGGCUCCUCACAGGAUUCUCUUCGACUAAUACGGAAAAAUUCGGCGGCUAUGCGAGCCCCUCAAUAUCAGGUUGUUGCGGUGAAAGGACUCAUCGAUACCGAGGAACAAUAUCAGGCGUGCAAAGUUUUACGAUCCCACAGAAUACCACCAGAUCGUUGACCUGCUGUAGUGACUUUCAUCGGUGUAAUCGUUCGUGUUGUUGCUAUCUAGUUUUAAGACAUUGGUUACCUAUUGAUUUUAUAUAGUCUAGACAAAAUUUAGCUAAUUCAAAAUAAUAAAAUACAAGCUCGAGAGGAAAUAAUCGGAACUAACUUAACAAAGAGCUAGUGAGAGAAACUACUUCUAAGUGAAAGUAGCUUUUGGAGCUCCUAUAACUAACUAUACCCAACUAAUCAAACGACACACUGAAGUAAAUUGUUCACAUCUACACCUAAGUACUACACUACACUCAACACCUAAAUUCAAUUACGACUUAUUCUAAAAUGAACCUCUAAAACUAAAAGGAAACACGGAACCUGCAAUCAACCAAAUUAAUACGUACUGUUACAAAUGGUUAAACCUGAAGAUAUCCUUUCUUAGUUCAACAAAUUUCAAUCACUUAUGAACAGAACUAACGAUAUUAGUUCAAAUAUAAAGAACACAAACGACCAUUUACGAAUUUCAAAUGAGGUGUCAGUUCAUUGGUGAUUAAAGGCUGAAUUUUAUUUAUUGCUACAACUAUUUUAUUCCCAAACCGUUGUAAAGUUCUCAAAAUAAAAAAUAGGUAACAGUUAGCUGGAUAUGUGUGAACAUGCUUGCCUUUGAAAAUCUACUAACAGUUCUGGAAGAACAUAGUGCAAAGUACCUUAUCGCGUGGAUGUCAAACAUUGGAUUGUGUUAUUGAUGCAUCUUUAACAUCUUUAUAAAAAAGCUAGUUUAUAGAAGGAUUCCAAAUUUCAGGGUUGAUCAAUUAUUUGUUUUUUUAAGGAAACAGCACAAAUAAAUUUGACACAUGAGGCCCUCUGAACCAAAGGAGUAUCAGUGCAAAAAUGAUCGUUUUAUGAGUUAGUAAUGCCAAACGAUUCCCCAUAUUUGAAACUCUAUUUGGUGAGUUUUUCAAAUUUUUAGAAUUUUAUUCAAAUACUUUUAUGUUCGAAAAAAAAAAUAAAAUUACGAAAGAUAUAUGGAAAUGGCCAAACACAACAAUUUAAAAGCUUCGUUUUUUUUGCACUCUCACUACUUUUGCUUCGAGGGCCUCAUAUAUAACUUGCUGUGGAAAACUGAAGGCGCUAUUUUUAAGCCAAAAGGUAAACGAGUAGUUUCUUGCAGCUCCUCCUAGUUUCGCCGAUUCAACAAUACACAACACUUCAAGAAGAAACAGCUUGGCACACAUUUUUGAUCUUCUUUGUUGAAGGUGUUAUUAUGUAUGGUGAAUGUUGGUAAUCCACCAUGGGUGCACGGAUUUACCGCAGUUUUACCAAAGUAUGAACGCCUCUGCUUUCUUCGUAUUAACAGUUCAGCGUAUCUCUAAUGCAGAAUUUUCCAUACAAAUGUUUUUUCGAAAAAAAAAUUAUGCACUUGUACUCCUUUGGCUUCGAGGGCUUCAUGUAUAACUAUUGCUGUGGAAAACUGAAGGCGCUAUUUUUAAGCCAAAAGGUAAACGAGUAAAUUCUUAGAGCUCCUCCUCGUUUCGCUGAUUCAACAAUACACAACACUUCAAGGAAAAACAGCUCGGCAUACAUAUUUGAUAUUCUAUGUUGAAGGUGUUAUGUAUGUUGAAUGUUGGUAAUCCACCAUGGGUGCACGGAUUUACCGCAGUUUCACCAAAAUAUGAUCACCUCUGCUUUCUUCGUAUUAACAGUUCGGCGUAUCUCUAAUGCAGAAUUUUCCAUACAAAUGUUUUCUCGAAAAAAAUUUUAUGCUCUUGUACUCUUUUGGCUUCGAGGGCCUCAUAUGUAACUGUUGCUGUGGCAAACUGAAGGUGCUAUGUUUACGCCAAAAGGUUAACGAGUAGAUUCUUGCAGCUCCUCCUAGUUUCGUCGAUUCAACAAUACACAACACUUCAAGAAGAAACAGCUCGGCACACAUUUUUGAUCUUCUUUGUUGAAGGUGUUAUGUAUGUUUUAUCUUGAUAAUCCACCAUGGGUUCACGGAUUUACCGCAGUUUCACCAAAGUAUGAACAUCUCUGCUUUCUUCGUAUAUUUAAACAGUUCUGCGUAUCUGUAAUGCAGAAUUUUCCAUACAAAUGUUUUCCCGAAAAAAAUAUAUACUUGUACUCCUAUGGCUCCAAAGUCCUCAUUUGAUUGCUGUGGAAAACCGAAGGCGCUAUUUUUAGGCCAAACGGUAAACGAGUAGAUUCUUAGAAGUUCCUCCUAGUUUCGCAGAUUCAACAACUUCAAGGAGUCUUGGAACACAUAUUUGAUCUUCUCUGUUGAAGGUGUUAUGUAUGUUGUAUGUUGGUAAUUCAUCAUGGGUGCACGGAUUUACCGCAGUUUCACCAAAAUAUGAACACCUCUGCUUUCUUCGUAUUAACAAUUUGGCGUAUCUCUAAAGCAGAAUUUCCUAUACCCGGCACCAUGGCUUCGCAUUAUCUGUUGUGGCUGUGUGUACUUCUUGUCAAUGUUGGUAUUUAUUUUGGACGAAUGUUUCAAGCACUUCCGCAAUCACUCAAAAAUUUAUAAAAAUUUACAAUUUUAUAAUUUUUCAUCGGGUAUUUCGACAUCCGUGUAUAUACCUGCAAAGUUGACAAGUGAUCGAUUAUUCUUCAUGAUACAGUUAAAUGAAAAAUUGAAUUUUCAAAAACCCUAGGCAUCUUACCUUGCUGUCGCGACUCUACUUACCUUACCUUAUACCCUAACUUGUUUUUUUCUUCGGCCUCCUUUUUUUUCUAAACUCAAAACAAAAGUAGCCUAAUUUUAUGAGUGAUUGGACCUAUAGAACCUAUUUUCCAAUAUGCUACCUUGAUACUUUUUCUCUCCCCACUUUUCAUCCAAACCUGUUUAAAAUUUUACCACACUUCCUCUCCGGGGACAGACUUUAUUUCCAGUUCUCUUCACUAGGACGCUUUCUGCAAGCUAUCUCUAAAGCAAUUAGGUGCCCUUUUGAUCUUCUAAGUUGAAAGGGUUAUAUAAAAUAUUUUUGAACUUCAAGUGCACAUUGACUCUAUAGAAUUAACGUGCAAAAUUGACUUUCGGUUUGAAGCAAGCAGUUUUUCAUGGGGUCUAUUUUUUUUAGUUGAGUUCCAAUAAGUUUGAAAAUCUACAACUGCUAAUUUUAGAAGCGAGCUGAUGUGUUCUUUACCUAAAAUGUUUGCCACGGUGGCCUUUUUUCAUUCACUCUAGUUUCAAUCAGCUUAUAAUUCAAUGAACGUUAUCGAAUAACUCUGACCUUUGGAAUCAACUUAACAGAGGCUGCAACGUGUUAACUAAACUAGCUUUAGAAAUAUAAUUUCACAAGUGCUGUUGCUUACAUCUAAACGCAUGUUCUACAACAAUGCCACAUUUCUGAGCAAGCAAGACGGAUGUCUUUUCAAUUCGUAGAAGCCAAGCUUCGAUUUAUCUGUAAGAUGGAUAAGUUACCUAUCUGUUGAUUUUCAAACGUCAUUAUCAUAAAAAAAUUUAAUAUAAAAAUACGCAAACACAAAACCAAAAACAAAUGUUAGCUAUCGGAAACGCUUCAAACAAUGAACAUAAAAAAAAAACAAAACCAAACGACAAUCCGGCUUUAGUUGUGAGAUUCAAAUCUUCUGACAAGAAAAAAAUAAACAUAUAUCAGUAAGCUGAACAAAGGAAACGAAAAUUAACCUGCAAAUGAAAUACCUGCUUAUAUGAACAAAACAAAAAAAACCUUGACGUCAAUGUUAAAUUAUUAAACCUAAGCAAAGCGAAAAAAAUUCAUUGAAAUACGGUACAAAAUUGCUGCAAAAUACUAACCUUAUGUGAUAAGCUAAAUAUCAUUUGAUGUGGUUUUUCCGAUUUUUGUUUUAGCAUCUUAUAAAGUAAAUUUUCCACGUUUGUUUGUGAGAUUUAUUGAUUUUCGAAAAUGUGUUAUUGUCUAUGUAUAAAAAAAAAGUUUUGUGAAAAAACUUAUAGAAAGUUAACAUUUCGGUUUCUAGUGUACUACUGUUUUGUGUAAUAAAAUGUGAACUUAAUCUUUGUAUAGGUAUUUUCUCAACCAUUUAAAGUAAUUGUAAGCAGAAUAUUACCAUAACGAAAAAGAAACACACAAACGCCGUAAACAACAAUUUUAAAAUGAAUUCAAAAGUCCAUUUUCGAUCGCGUGAAAAAAAAUCCAAACAGCGAAUUAUUUGCACGUUUAUACUUUAUACAAGCCAGCAGCAUUACAAUUCGUAUGCAAUAAAAGACGAAACCAAAAAUGCUUCAAUACAAAACAAGAUAAAAAAAUCAAGAAACGCUUUUUGCCAUCCAGUACCACUCAGUAACUUGUGCUUAGCGCAAAUAUUUUUCUUCUAUGAAUGUAUAUUAUUGUACUGUUUAUAUUUGACACAAACAUACAUACACCUGCUGACAAACAAGAAGGUACAUUUGCUAUGCGAGCCCCUCAAUAUCAGGUUGUUGCGGUGAAAGGACUCAUCGAUACCGAGGAACAAUAUCAGGUAAGUUGGAGGGAGUAACUCUUUUUUGAUUUCGAAAGGUUUGUUUUAUAAUUUGAGGUUCUUUGAAUUUAAACUGUUUGACCAAUUUAUUUUGGUUUAAAUUGUAAACCUGACUUAUUUCCGCAGUUUUUUCGUUGUUAAGUGUAUAAAACAGAGAUAAAACGUUACACGAUUUUUCUAUAAAAAAAGGUUGCAUCCGCCUGCAUCCGGACAACUAUAGAACCAAUAUUAAAACUUCUUUUAUUUUUUUCAUAAAUUUUCAAUUAUUUCUUACUUUUCUUCCAUAUUUUAGUAACCCUACAAAGCAAACUCAAAAUUAUUCUAUAAAAUCGCAAUAAUUUUAACUUGAAAAAGUCAAAACUGGCUUUAAAAACGCCAACCGGUCAUAUGGAAACCUUUUUAAAUUAUUUAUAAAAUCUACUAACCGUAUCGAUUUUUUAAAAGCUAUUUGCUUGAAGAAAAGGUUUGUUGGAAAAAAAAGGAAGCCAUUGUGGCCUGUAUGGUUCUAUAAAAUAGGUAAAAAAAAAUUUUGUUGAAAAAGAAUGAUUACCUACUAAGCGAAUUUUGAAGCUUUUUACGUUAAAAAUUGCAUCUCAGAUUUAAGUUAUUUUUUCGUUUUUAGGCGUGCAAAGUUUUACGAUCCCACAGAAUACCACCAGAUCGUUGACCUGCUGUAGUGACUUUCAUCGGUGUAAUCGUUCGUGUUGUUGCUAUCUAGUUUUAAGACAUUGGUUACCUAUUGAUUUUAUAUAGUCUAGACAAAAUUUAGCUAAUUCAAAAUAAUAAAAUACAAGCUCGAGAGGAAAUAAUCGGAACUAACUUAACAAAGAGCUAGUGAGAGAAACUACUUCUAAGUGAAAGUAGCUUUUGGAGCUCCUAUAACUAACUAUACCCAACUAAUCAAACGACACACUGAAGUAAAUUGUUCACAUCUACACCUAAGUACUACACUACACUCAACACCUAAAUUCAAUUACGACUUAUUCUAAAAUGAACCUCUAAAACUAAAAGGAAACACGGAACCUGCAAUCAACCAAAUUAAUACGUACUGUUACAAAUGGUUAAACCUGAAGAUAUCCUUUCUUAGUUCAACAAAUUUCAAUCACUUAUGAACAGAACUAACGAUAUUAGUUCAAAUAUAAAGAACACAAACGACCAUUUACGAAUUUCAAAUGAGGUGUCAGUUCAUUGGUGAUUAAAGGCUGAAUUUUAUUUAUUGCUACAACUAUUUUAUUCCCAAACCGUUGUAAAGUUCUCAAAAUAAAAAAUAGGUAACAGUUAGCUGGAUAUGUGUGAACAUGCUUGCCUUUGAAAAUCUACUAACAGUUCUGGAAGAACAUAGUGCAAAGUACCUUAUCGCGUGGAUGUCAAACAUUGGAUUGUGUUAUUGAUGCAUCUUUAACAUCUUUAUAAAAAAGCUAGUUUAUAGAAGGAUUCCAAAUUUCAGGGUUGAUCAAUUAUUUGUUUUUUUAAGGAAACAGCACAAAUAAAUUUGACACAUGAGGCCCUCUGAACCAAAGGAGUAUCAGUGCAAAAAUGAUCGUUUUAUGAGUUAGUAAUGCCAAACGAUUCCCCAUAUUUGAAACUCUAUUUGGUGAGUUUUUCAAAUUUUUAGAAUUUUAUUCAAAUACUUUUAUGUUCGAAAAAAAAAAUAAAAUUACGAAAGAUAUAUGGAAAUGGCCAAACACAACAAUUUAAAAGCUUCGUUUUUUUUGCACUCUCACUACUUUUGCUUCGAGGGCCUCAUAUAUAACUUGCUGUGGAAAACUGAAGGCGCUAUUUUUAAGCCAAAAGGUAAACGAGUAGUUUCUUGCAGCUCCUCCUAGUUUCGCCGAUUCAACAAUACACAACACUUCAAGAAGAAACAGCUUGGCACACAUUUUUGAUCUUCUUUGUUGAAGGUGUUAUUAUGUAUGGUGAAUGUUGGUAAUCCACCAUGGGUGCACGGAUUUACCGCAGUUUUACCAAAGUAUGAACGCCUCUGCUUUCUUCGUAUUAACAGUUCAGCGUAUCUCUAAUGCAGAAUUUUCCAUACAAAUGUUUUUUCGAAAAAAAAAUUAUGCACUUGUACUCCUUUGGCUUCGAGGGCUUCAUGUAUAACUAUUGCUGUGGAAAACUGAAGGCGCUAUUUUUAAGCCAAAAGGUAAACGAGUAAAUUCUUAGAGCUCCUCCUCGUUUCGCUGAUUCAACAAUACACAACACUUCAAGGAAAAACAGCUCGGCAUACAUAUUUGAUAUUCUAUGUUGAAGGUGUUAUGUAUGUUGAAUGUUGGUAAUCCACCAUGGGUGCACGGAUUUACCGCAGUUUCACCAAAAUAUGAUCACCUCUGCUUUCUUCGUAUUAACAGUUCGGCGUAUCUCUAAUGCAGAAUUUUCCAUACAAAUGUUUUCUCGAAAAAAAUUUUAUGCUCUUGUACUCUUUUGGCUUCGAGGGCCUCAUAUGUAACUGUUGCUGUGGCAAACUGAAGGUGCUAUGUUUACGCCAAAAGGUUAACGAGUAGAUUCUUGCAGCUCCUCCUAGUUUCGUCGAUUCAACAAUACACAACACUUCAAGAAGAAACAGCUCGGCACACAUUUUUGAUCUUCUUUGUUGAAGGUGUUAUGUAUGUUUUAUCUUGAUAAUCCACCAUGGGUUCACGGAUUUACCGCAGUUUCACCAAAGUAUGAACAUCUCUGCUUUCUUCGUAUAUUUAAACAGUUCUGCGUAUCUGUAAUGCAGAAUUUUCCAUACAAAUGUUUUCCCGAAAAAAAUAUAUACUUGUACUCCUAUGGCUCCAAAGUCCUCAUUUGAUUGCUGUGGAAAACCGAAGGCGCUAUUUUUAGGCCAAACGGUAAACGAGUAGAUUCUUAGAAGUUCCUCCUAGUUUCGCAGAUUCAACAACUUCAAGGAGUCUUGGAACACAUAUUUGAUCUUCUCUGUUGAAGGUGUUAUGUAUGUUGUAUGUUGGUAAUUCAUCAUGGGUGCACGGAUUUACCGCAGUUUCACCAAAAUAUGAACACCUCUGCUUUCUUCGUAUUAACAAUUUGGCGUAUCUCUAAAGCAGAAUUUCCUAUACCCGGCACCAUGGCUUCGCAUUAUCUGUUGUGGCUGUGUGUACUUCUUGUCAAUGUUGGUAUUUAUUUUGGACGAAUGUUUCAAGCACUUCCGCAAUCACUCAAAAAUUUAUAAAAAUUUACAAUUUUAUAAUUUUUCAUCGGGUAUUUCGACAUCCGUGUAUAUACCUGCAAAGUUGACAAGUGAUCGAUUAUUCUUCAUGAUACAGUUAAAUGAAAAAUUGAAUUUUCAAAAACCCUAGGCAUCUUACCUUGCUGUCGCGACUCUACUUACCUUACCUUAUACCCUAACUUGUUUUUUUCUUCGGCCUCCUUUUUUUUCUAAACUCAAAACAAAAGUAGCCUAAUUUUAUGAGUGAUUGGACCUAUAGAACCUAUUUUCCAAUAUGCUACCUUGAUACUUUUUCUCUCCCCACUUUUCAUCCAAACCUGUUUAAAAUUUUACCACACUUCCUCUCCGGGGACAGACUUUAUUUCCAGUUCUCUUCACUAGGACGCUUUCUGCAAGCUAUCUCUAAAGCAAUUAGGUGCCCUUUUGAUCUUCUAAGUUGAAAGGGUUAUAUAAAAUAUUUUUGAACUUCAAGUGCACAUUGACUCUAUAGAAUUAACGUGCAAAAUUGACUUUCGGUUUGAAGCAAGCAGUUUUUCAUGGGGUCUAUUUUUUUUAGUUGAGUUCCAAUAAGUUUGAAAAUCUACAACUGCUAAUUUUAGAAGCGAGCUGAUGUGUUCUUUACCUAAAAUGUUUGCCACGGUGGCCUUUUUUCAUUCACUCUAGUUUCAAUCAGCUUAUAAUUCAAUGAACGUUAUCGAAUAACUCUGACCUUUGGAAUCAACUUAACAGAGGCUGCAACGUGUUAACUAAACUAGCUUUAGAAAUAUAAUUUCACAAGUGCUGUUGCUUACAUCUAAACGCAUGUUCUACAACAAUGCCACAUUUCUGAGCAAGCAAGACGGAUGUCUUUUCAAUUCGUAGAAGCCAAGCUUCGAUUUAUCUGUAAGAUGGAUAAGUUACCUAUCUGUUGAUUUUCAAACGUCAUUAUCAUAAAAAAAUUUAAUAUAAAAAUACGCAAACACAAAACCAAAAACAAAUGUUAGCUAUCGGAAACGCUUCAAACAAUGAACAUAAAAAAAAAACAAAACCAAACGACAAUCCGGCUUUAGUUGUGAGAUUCAAAUCUUCUGACAAGAAAAAAAUAAA